AUGGAUCUGAAUCCACCUGCAGGGGAAAAUUAUGCUCAUCCGCAGAUAUGCUUCUUCCACGUGGUCUUCAAGGCUGCAGCUUUGGCAUUUUAUAUGCUUUCAGCAUUCUUUGUUGAUAGUUUUGUCAUCAUUUUUGUGGUUACUGUACUCCUAUCUGCACUUGAUUUUUGGGUUGUCAAGAAUGUAAGUGGACGCAUCUUGGUGGGUUUAAGAUGGUGGAAUGAAAUGAAUGAUGAUGGUGAAAGCGUAUGGAAAUUUGAAUGCCUUGACCAAGAGUCACUUGCGAGGAUGAACAAGAAGGAUUCAUGGCUAUUCUGGUGGACCUCAUACCUUACAGCUGUUGUGUGGAUCGUCUUUGGGAUAUUCUCUCUCAUAAGGUUUCAAGCUGAUUAUAUUCUAGUUGUUGGGGUUUGUUUGAUCCUCAGCAUUGCUAACAUUGUUGGCUUUACUAAAUGCCGAAAAGAUGCUAAGAAACAGCUUCAAGAAUUUGCCACCCAGAACCUUUCUUCUCGGCUAUCAUCUACCAUUCAAUCAGCAUUCACCAUUGUAUGA